UUCAUUGCAACGCUUAAAAUUUAUUCGUUGUGAAAAAUUGACUGUGAAAGAAGUAUGCAGGCUUUUUUAAAAACUGGUAAAUUAGGACCUAGUGAUUCUAAAAAGGCUUCUAGUUCUCGUUCAAGAGAAGAACGUAGCGGACCUGCACCACCAUGGGUUGAAAAAUACCGACCGAGAACAGUAGAAGAUGUUGUUGAACAAGCAGAAGUAGUAGAAGUUUUACGACAAUGUUUAAACGGUGGAGAUUUCCCAAAUCUGUUAUUUUAUGGACCACCUGGGACUGGUAAAACAAGUACAAUACUAGCUGCUGCUAGACAGUUAUUUGGCAGCCUUUACAGAGAAAGAAUAUUGGAAUUAAAUGCUUCGGAUGAAAGGGGUAUUCAAGUUGUGAGGAAUAAGAUUAAAACUUUUGCACAACUUACACCAGGUGGUAUGAGAGAUGAUGGAAAAAAUUGUCCAUCUUUUAAAAUUAUUAUCUUAGAUGAAGCAGACAGUAUGACUAAUGCAGCACAAGCUGCACUUCGUCGUACUAUGGAAAAAGAAUCUCAUAGUACACGAUUUUGUUUAAUUUGUAACUAUGUAUCAAGAAUUAUACAACCAUUGACAUCUCGUUGUUCAAAGUUCAGAUUUAAACCCUUGGGAGAGGAUAAAAUUAUUGAAAGAUUAGAGUACAUAUGCAAAAUGGAAGGCUUAAAAGCAGAAAAACCUGUCUUACUAAAAAUUGUCGAAGCUUCUGGUGGAGAUUUAAGACGUGCUAUAACAUGUUUGCAAUCCAUUACAAGAUUAAAAGUCCAAAGUAUUGAAAUUACUGUUGAUGAUGUUGUUGAAAUCAUUGGGAUUGUUCCCGACAAAUGGUUGGAUGAAUUAAUGGAAGUAUGUAAGACAAAGGAUUAUGGCAAAGCAGAGGAGUUUGUUGAUCACUUUAUGUUGGAAGCAUAUGCUACCUCUCAGGUUAUUGAGCAACUCAGUGAAAGAAUCAUAUAUUCUAAUGAAUUAACAGAUAAACAGAAAGCUGUAAUUGCAAAUAAACUUGGGGAAUGUAAUUAUAGAUUGCUAGAUGGUGGAAGUGAAUAUAUACAACUUAUGAAUGUUUGUUGCGGUAUUAUGCAAGCUUAUGAAUUAGUAUAA